AUGAAUGAAACGACGGAAGCGGAGAGCGAUUUCAUGUGCGAAGAUGGCUCGCUGCUGGACCGAUUCGAGGUCCGGUUGACAGUCAUGGCCAUCUACAUCAUGGUCUUCCUGCUGUGUUUAGUGGGUAAGGGAAAAGAUUUUCGAAAAUUUGAGGUGUUCAUGGGGAAUAUAAAGGACAUUUUUUGGGGGGAAACGGUAAGAGAAGAGCGUUUUAAGGGCUGAUUUUUUAUUUUCAACUAACGUGUAGUCCUAUUUGCAAAUUUUUCCUAGUUUUUUUUAAAAAGAUACGAUUUUCAUUUCUUCUACCUUAUACAUGGACCAGUUGGAUCCAAUCAGCAAUUUCUGCAAGCGCUAUGCUCAGAUCUUCUUCAUAUGUUUAACACUGGCUACUUAUGGGUCCUAAAUGAUUGUCUAAAAAUAUUGGUUUAUUUUUUGCAUGUGAAACCGAGAUAUUCAACGAUCUUUGCGCUGAAAGUAUGAAAAAUGAGUCAUCAAAAAAUGGUGGUCCACCCUUGCCAUACUUAUUCUAAUUCGUCUUCUUUUUCUUGAUCAAUCUUCCCUAUUUCAUAUUUGACCUAUAAAAUGUAUUUCCAGGCAAUCUGUUCACGAUCAUCGUCAUCUGCGUCCAUCGUUCCAUGCGCACAGCCACCAAUUUUUUCCUCGGGAACCUCGCCUUCGCCGACCUCCUCGUCGCCGUUUUCUGCAUUCUCCAGAACAUGUUCCACAUUGUGGGCUCGGACAGUGGUCAUUGGCCCUUGGGCGCGAUCGUCUGCAAACUGUACGUCCUCGUUUUGCACAUGGUUCCGUGCACUGGGAUCGGGAUUCUGGUGUGUGUUUCGCUCGAGAAAUACAUCGCCGUUCUGCACCCGUUGCUGGCGUUGAAGUUGCUGACUCCGCGGCUGCGAGCACUGAUGAUGGCGGGGAUUUGGAUUGGGUCUUUGGUCAUAAACCUGCCAUAUUACUUCACGACGGUCGAAAAGAGAUAUAAUCAGUUCGCGGCUUGUACAAGGGACAUGUCCUCGCUUUAUGGGUAUGUUUUUUUGGAUUUUUGGAGGGGAGCAUAGAAUUGAGAGGCCUUUGAAUUCAAUAAUAUUCAUCGAGUCCCUGAGGGUUUACCGUUUUUAGUACAUUUUUUGUCAUGUUUAUCUUGAGAUUUAUAUUUUUUGACGGAAAUACCAGUAAAUCACAAGUGUCUUCCCUAGUAAUCCUCAUUUCCUUCAGCCCGCUCAGUUUCACCAUCAAAGAGAUGAUAACUUUGUCCUUCGUCACCUGGUAUCUGAUUCCCCUGAUCACAAUAGCCAUUCUCUACAGUCGAAUCGGCCUUGUCCUCUGGCGGAGCAGCAUGAAACCCCUCUCGGUUCGCCCUUCCACCACUUCUCCAUCAGCUCAGGAAGCCCUCACAACGAUGACCCUGCCCGAAUUGAGCAAUGGGAAUGGGAACGGGGAGCUGGACUCAAUGGCGGAUAGUAAUCGGUCCAUGGAUGAGACUCCAUCGAGUGUGGCCAAGGGCGGCGACAUCUUGGAGAGCAGGAAAAAGGUGGGCGAUUUGAUAGGCUGAGAUGCAAUUGAACGAGUAAAAAAUAGAACUCUGCACUGUGCAGGUUAAAGAAGACCUCCGCACAGUACAAAGCUUUUGGGACUUCAUUUUUGAAACAAAAAAAAUUAAAAAUUUUGUUACAAAAUUGAAAUGAAAAACAGCAAAAAAUGAGAAUCUACAAUUCAUAUUUUUACAAGAAUUUUUCAAAAAAAAUUUUUUUUUUGAUGACACCUAUAACAACGAAAAUAUUACAAAAACCCUGAGGCUUUAUGAAUUUGGGUAAAAUUUGGAUAAGUUUCAAGAUUCAUAAAGCAACUGUCAAGACUUCACAUUUUACACAGGCUUUUUAAAAUUCAAAAAAUCUCAAAAUUAAAUAAAAUCAGCCAUAUUUUUCGAAACCUGGUUGGUUAUUCCUAUAAUUUGAAUGCAAAUACUUCAAAUACACAUUCCAGAUCAUCCGCCUUUUGAUUGCAAUAGUGACCUCCUUCGCGGUCCUGACCCUCCCUCAUCACGCCCGCCUUCUCCAUGUAAUGUGGUCCACGGAGCACGAAUGCAACAGUAAAUGGACCUCCCUUCUUCAGCCUUUCACUUACAUCUCGCUCUUCCUCUCCAGCUCCAUCAAUCCCAUUUUGUACGCCUUUAUGUCGCAGCGAUUCCGCGCCGCCGUCAAGGAUAUCAUGAAAUGCAGGAGUCGGGGGUACCUGCGGAAGUACACGAGGACGCGGACCAUUUUGUCCGACAUCCCCGAGCAUCCGUCGAGGUCGCCGAGCUUGAGUCACACCAAUAAUGUCAGGACCACGUGCAUGUGA